ACCACAAAAUGGCGGCGAAGUUGAAGCGGCGCAAGCGACGAAGAAGUUCUUCUCGAAACUCCGAUAGUGACGAAAUUCGUCUAGACGACAUUGAAAAGGAUGGAAUUGAUGAAAAACUGGACGACAUCGCGGCCAAAACCAAUCUCACUGCAAUCAAUGUGAAGAGCAUCUUGCACCAUAUUUUAAAAGACAAAAGAGUGUUGAGAAUGGCUCUGAACGCUGCCAGAAGCGACAAGAAGGAAGAUGGCGAGGACAACCAAUCAGACAGGGAUGACAAACUGGAAUAUCCUCCCAAACUGACGAGGUCACGUUUAAGACGGAAGGUGGGAACUCCUCACCAGACUCCAGUCAAACAGGGUGUUGCCAGUCAUAAUCUUUCUCCUACCAAACUUGAGUCUGAUCUGUAUGAGCUGUUGAACAGAACUUUGUCUGACUCAUCUGACGAAGACAUAGAGUACAAACCAGACAACACAGAGAAUGCUGCCUCGGAUAGGGAAAGUGAGGCAUCUGGAUUUGCAAAUGAGAGUGGAGAUGAGGAUGUGGUAUCUGUUAAAUCAGAGUUAAUAGAUAGACCGCACGACUGUCUGAAUACAACUGAUGGUGCAAAGACUAGUGAUAAAACAGAGCCAAUAACAUCUACUUUCCAAACAAAGGAAGAAGUUGAUGUUUUGCCUUUAAUCUCGCCUUCAUUUGCUGUACAGGAGCCGUUGCAAGGCAAUCAUCUUGCAACUAUGCAAAUGACUGGCACUGAAGAUGGCAGUUCAAUAGAUAUUUCUCACAUUUCUGACACAGACAUAUUUGCUGCUAUUUGUACUGAGCAGUCUUCCCAUUCUGAUAUAACAAGCACAAAAGAACUGGAUUUGAUUGCAGACCGAACGAGAUCUCGUCACCCGCUAACAGAAACUUCUAUUGACGAUUUGGAAGCCAAUUUUCUUCCUCCUGAUAUUCCUCCUGAUCUUUAUGAAUUAAUAGAAAAUCCAGCUGCUGACGAUAUUGCCUGGCAACAGUGGCUUACUGACCUGAUGAAAACAGACAAAAGUGAUCAGACUGAAGAAAAUGAAGAUGAUGAUCCUGAAUAUAAAGCUCCACAGGAUGUUGCGGAGGAAGAGGAAGAAUAUCGUACAGAUAUGGCCGUCAAAGUUUCAUACAAGGAGUUGAGUUAUCUUCUCGAAGAGUUUAUUGACUCAUAUAAUACUGAGAUGGGAAUAGUUGAGAGUGAGACUGAUACAGGCUUGAUGCAGGUCUCUGCUGCUUCGGAGAACACAAAUCAGUUGUUGGAACUAAUGGCAAACGCUGGCGUUUCUGUGACUGAUCUAGUUGAAGAAAUGGAUGAUGCAGAUAAAACUAUGACGACAGAACAACUGCAUAUGAUUGCGAGUCAACUUCAACAGCAUGUUCAACUCUUGUGUCAGACGUUUCUGUUGAGCAGCUCAGACUCUCAUUUUAGUGAUCUUAAUAUUCAGUCUCGAAACAUGUUGUUGCAACUACGUAAUGAUUACAAUAGAGCCAUGGCAGAGGGUAGACUAACGAUGUUUGACGUUUCUGGAAUAUCUGAGGUUGAACAGUUGGUGAAUCAGAACAACUCUACAGAAAAUGAUGUUAUAAUGAAUUUUUUUGCUGCAAGUGAUCGAAGUUCGCAUUCCUUGCCUCCUUGUGCUGUGGUGGCUAUUGCUAGUGCUCUGGGUUCCCAGUCUCCUCUCUUUCCAUAUUUGGAAAUGCUGCCACAAUCAGGACUUGUAAUUGCGUCAGAGCAGACAGCUGGAGAUCAGAGAGUGAAAUUUACGGCUGCAGAAGACAAUUUGAUGGCAUUGGGCAUAGUUCAUUACGACAAGAAAUGGAACUUGAUCCAGUCCAAGUUGUUGCCUUCAAAGACUCUCAAACAGCUUCAAAUUCGAUACAAGAAUCUGUGUUCUGCAAGGUCGUCUGACAACCCUGUUAAGCGUUGGAAGAGGAAAGGAGAGUUGGCUUUAGUAGAGACACCAGUCUACAGUCCAACAUCUCUUGAGAAGGUGGAUGCGUUAAGUGGUGUGGAACUUCCCGACUGGCUUAUAAGCUACUAUCGGAAGCAGAUGAACCCUAAGUCUUCUUUAUCGGCUGUUGGUAACGAGGAACCCGGAGGAGAAAAAGUGAAGAGGAAAAGGAAAUCAAAGAAGUGUGAAGAUCGAGAUGAUACAACUCUCAGUCUGAUAGCACCAGCUGUAGCACCAUUUGGAGUUGCUGCAUCUGUCUCAUCAUUCAAGGUAUUAGCAGCUCGUCCAGCAGUUCUUAACGAACAUGAUUAUGGUAUCACGGGCUGUGGAGUUGAUGGCAAUGUGGGUGGUACUAGAAAAAUGGUCGUGCAGUAUGUGUAUCCAGCAGGACCAGUCAACAAUAGUGAAAGUAAAAAGGAAGGGUCUCGUACACUUAAUCAGAUAUUCAGUGAACGAUCAAUUCUUGUGCUACCUUCUGUAUCUGAUACCAAUUCAAAGCCUCCUCCAUUGACUUCAGUAACGAUGAAUCCACAGGGGACGAUGACGACUUCUGCCAUUAGAGUGCCUAUUUCAAGUACUGGCACUCCACAUGUUCCUCGCAAGUCUUAUUGUGGUAGUCGUGCUGUGACGCAGAAACUUUUGCAAGAAUCUGAUCCAAAGGCAUCGGAAAAGGCACAGCAGUUUGCAAAGUGGUAUUUAUCUCAAGUUCAGGCAUUGCUACAAGGACAUUCCGACCGAUACUCAAAGUUUGUUGAGAUUUUGUUGUCUUACAAGUCAGGAAAAUUAACAGCAAGAGAGAUGUAUGAAGGGGUUCAAGAGGUUUUAUCUGAUUGGCCUGAUCUUGUUCGACGUUUUGUUGGAUUUCUCGGUCCUGAUGAAGCACUCUCAGCAGGCUUAGUUGCAGAUUCUCUAGACUUUGCUCAAGCACUUAGUUUUCUUCGCAAGUUGGAGGUUUACUUUCGUAAAGCACCACAUCAUUUGCAGAAGAUUGUGAAGACGUUUCGUCUCUUUCCACAUGUAGAAGGCCAUGUUGAUCAAAUCUAUCAAACAGUACUGCCUCUUUUGAAGCACAGAGAACUGAUAGACGAUUUCAGUCAAUUUUUUAAGCCAAAGUCACUGUUGGAAAGAUUUCCUGAAUCAUUUGAGGUGAUUGAAAUGGACAGCGGCAGUGACAUUGAGGUUGAUGAAUUUGAAGAGAUACGCUUGUCGUCGUCAUCUGAAAGGGAGGACACUUUGUCAUCAUCAGUGAUGAUAAGAUGCAAAAUCUGUAGGAAGUUGGUGAAGCGGCAAGCCUUCAGCUGUUCUUCGCAUUUGUAUCGAUCAGGAAAUUCUAAGCAGAAAGAUGAAGCAGGAAACGGCAAGGCUACUGCCAUGAGAUACUGCAACUGUAAGGGAAGAAGGCGAAAUCAACUAAAAGCAAAUCAGAGUGGCAUUCGUCAGCCAGCUGUAGUAAGCACGACACAUAAGACAAUAGAGGCAUCAUCAAAAGAGAAACUGAUUGGUGCCGGUGGGGAAAGGUUCAGUAGUGAUCAACUGGAUGAGUCAAACUGCAUUGAGGGGACUGCUUCUACGUCGGAUCAACGUGUUUCCUAUACAGGCAAUCACCUGGCAUCUAUUGAUCAAGAUGGAGGAGCGAGCGAUAAUCAAACGAACGAGAUGGAUGUUGAAAAAGAUAUCACAGCAGGGAGCGAUGUAGAUUUGGAAUUUGUGGUAGAAGAUAAAUAUGUGUUUGUUGGAGAUGACACAGAGGGCGACACGAAUCUAGAACACUCGAUUAGUCCAGAGAGUGUACACGAACCUUUAUUCACUGAGUCUGAGACAGACGAUUCCAUAAAGCCAGGGAUAAAGCUAGAUGAGCUUCUUGAUUGUGAACAGAACAACCAGGGCCAACUAGUUCAGGAACCUGCAGAUAAUGAGACGGUGGGCAAGGAUGGCCACGUUCUGACGUGGACAAAAAGUGAAGAUCGUAUUAUUCUCUCGAAUUGCCAGCAGUGGGGUCUGUCACAUGAAACGUUUGAGUUGGUUGCUCGGCAGAUUGAAGGCAAAACCCCUCAACAGGUUGAGCUUCGUAUUCAUCGGUUGCUAGAACUGUUUCAAAGUUCAUCUUCUCAGUAAUUGUCGGUACAGAUAGAAAUAUGUAAUUUAUAGAAAAAUUAUAAAUACAUUUAUUUAAUGA